GACUCUCCGCCUCUCUUGCGCCUGGGUCGCCCUCUUCCCUUGGAGGGGAUGGUGGUAUGAGAGGCUUCUGCCUCUUCCGGGACCGCCUUUGAGCUUCAGAGCCUCACCUGACUUUCCCAGAGAGGGAGACAACAGACUCCUUCCGCCAUCCGCAGAGGGCCAGGGGCCGGAGCUGGGGAGGGGCUGAGGACGGAAUCGCUGCCCAGACCCGAAGGGAGCGAGAGGAGGCUCUCCGCCAGACAGGCGCGCCGCGGAGAGCUCAAACUUUGGUGGGGAGCCACCUUGGUGCUGAAUGUGACAGAGCAAGACGAUGGCCAAGAUCAACACCCGAUUCUCUCACCCGUCCCUGGUUCACCCCACGGUAAGAACCUCGGACAGAGAUCUCGAGCAUGUUGAAAACGGCAUCAGUAGGACCCACUCGCCAUGUGAGGACAUAUUAUCAGAACCUCAGCCUGGGAUCACCAUGGAGACCAGAGGACAGGCUGAAUCCAGGCAAAGCUCCUUCACCAGCCAGGGGCCUGCCAGGUUGUCACGCCUCAUCAUUUCGCUGCGUGCCUGGGCCGCCAGGCACUUACAGCACGAAGACCUGAGACCUGGCUCUUUUCUGGAGCAUUUCCAAGGAGCUGAGCUCAAGGAGGUGUUCAGCCAAGAAAGCAAUGCCCAGUCAAAUGUGGGCAGCCAGGAACCACCAGACAGAGGAAGCAGUGUUUCCAGGAAGGACACCAUCGUGGUGGACCCCUCCAGCAACAUGUACUACCACUGGCUGAUUGUCAUUUCCCUGCCAAUCUUCUACAACUGGUGUCUGCUCGUGGGCAGGGCCUGCUUUGACGAGCUGCAGUCGGAGCACCUGACACUGUGGCUGGUCCUGGACUAUUCGGCAGACGUCCUCUAUGGCUUGGAUGUGCUGGUGCGAGCCCGGACAGGCUUUCUUGAGCAAGGCUUGAUGGUCAGGGAUGCCCAGAGGCUCUGGAAGCAUUACAGAGAGACCUUACACUUCAAGCUGGAUGUACUGUCCCUGGUCCCCACAGACCUGGCUUAUUUUAAGCUGGGCAUGAACUACCCAGAACUGAGGUUCAACCGCCUACUGAAGUUUGCCCGUCUCUUCGAGUUCUUUGACCGCACGGAGACGAGGACCAACUACCCCAAUGCGUUCAGGAUCGGGAACUUGGUCUUGUAUAUUGUCAUUAUCAUCCACUGGAAUGCCUGCAUCUACUUCGCCAUUUCCAAGUUCAUUGGUUUCGGGACGGAUUCCUGGGUCUACCCAAACAUCUCCAACCCAGAGUAUGGGCGCCUCUCCAGGAAGUACAUUUACAGCCUCUAUUGGUCUACCUUGACCCUGACCACCAUUGGUGAGACCCCGCCCCCUGUGAAGGACGAGGAGUAUCUCUUUGUGGUCAUAGACUUCCUGGUGGGCGUCCUGAUUUUUGCCACCAUUGUGGGCAACGUGGGCUCCAUGAUUUCGAAUAUGAACGCUUCACGGGCCGAGUUCCAGGCCAAGAUCGACUCCAUCAAGCAGUACAUGCAGUUCCGCAAGGUAACCAAGGACUUGGAGACGCGGGUUAUCCGGUGGUUCGACUACCUGUGGGCCAACAAGAAGACGGUGAAUGAGAAGGAGGUGCUCAAGAAUCUCCCAGACAAGCUGAAGGCAGAGAUUGCCAUCAACGUGCACCUGGAUACUCUGAAGAAGGUCCGCAUCUUCCAGGACUGCGAGGCGGGGCUGCUGGUGGAGCUGGUGCUGAAGCUGCGGCCCGCGGUCUUCAGCCCCGGGGAUUACAUCUGCAAGAAAGGUGACAUCGGGCGGGAGAUGUACAUCAUCAAGGAGGGCAAGCUGGCUGUGGUGGCUGAUGAUGGGGUCACCCAGUUCGUGGUCCUUGGCGAUGGGAGUUACUUUGGGGAGAUUAGCAUCUUAAACAUCAAAGGGAGCAAGUCGGGGAACCGCAGGACAGCUAACAUCAGGAGCAUCGGUUACUCCGACUUGUUCUGCCUUUCCAAGGACGAUCUGAUGGAGGCGCUCAUGGAAUACCCUGAUGCCAAGAAGGCCCUGGAGGAAAAGGGGCGGCAGAUCCUGCUGAAGGACAACCUGAUUGAUGAGGACCUUGCCAAGGCCUGGGCAGACCCUAAGGACAUUGAGAAGAAGGUAGAGCACCUGGAGUCCUCCCUGGACACCUUGCAGACCAGGUUCGCCCAGCUGCUGGCCGAGUACAACACCACCCAGAUGAAAAUGAAGCAGCGCCUCAGCCAGCUGGAGAGCCAGGUGAAGAUCUCUGGGAGGGGCUUCCUGUCUGACGGGGACAUUCCAGAAACAGAGGCCAAACAACAGUGAAAGUGCAGGUGCCCAUCUCCCGGAGCCCACUGUUGGUGUGAUGCCUCAUGGCCACAGCUGCCUGGCAUGGGACUUGGUCAGGCAUGGAGUCCAGCUCUCCUUACCCUUAGCGAACUGUGUGACCUCAAAAAAGAGUCUCCAUUUCCUCAUCUAGAAAAUGGGAUCCAUUAUGUCUGCCCCAGUUAGGUGGCAGGUUAUUAGGAUAUCCCCAUGAAGCCCUGCAUGAGGCAGGCCUUUGGAAAGGGCGAGGUGUCCCCAGUCCAAGCGCAUGAAUGCGUGGGCACAGAACUCUUUUUUUUCAUCCAAAAGGACUUUUUAGACUUCUAAUGUUCAUUUUCUUGUAGACAGAAGAUUAUUUCUCCCUCCCCCUCCUGCACCACCUCACUGCACAACCCUCUGAUAAGGGAGAUGGAGAUGCAACAAGCUGAAAGUACAGUGUGGUGACUCAAAUUCAACCUUAUGCCAGACACUUUGGGGCACAAUUCCAAAUCUGCUCCCUCCUCAUGUGCUCUCUGGGCCCCGAGAAAGCCUGGCCUUGGGUUGUGCUGUGAUAAACACAAGGGAUGAAGCAAGGUCUCCCUGUCUGAGGCCAAAUCUGUAAAGCCAGUACAGACUCCUGCCGUCCAGCCCCUGUGAAACUGGAAUCUGCGUCAUAGAAAGGAGCAUCUCAGUGAGAGAAAGAGACAUCUCCUAAGCUGUCCGAGCUAUUCCAGGCUUCUCUCCUGGCCCUUGAGUGGGGGCUCUAGGGGGCCUCUUCAGGCUCUCAGAGGAGACCACUGUCAGGGAAGAGCCUUCAGGCUGGUGGUUGGAAUGGGAUCCUGAGCCAAACAAAGCAGACAACUAGGACUUUCAGAAGAUGAGACCCUUAGGCCAUAUCUGUGCAAAUUGCCCCUUCACCCUCAGAGGGGAAGCCUUGCCCUUGCUCAGAACUGCAUCCUAGGCCGAGCUCUUAGCGGGCUGGAAGCUGCAGAGGGCAGAAACUAGCUUUUUAAAAUCUAGUAAGUAGAACUCCAUGAACAUAUUCUGGCUCUAUGAUUAUAUGAUUGUGAAUAUAACCUUAAUGGUCCACCCUUCACUUUACAUACACAUUGUAAUUACCCAAAGAUGUCACCUCCUGACAUAAGAAAGCCAUAUAUAUAUAUAUGUAUGUAUGUAUACACACAGGUUUUCCUUCUCCUCAGUCUCCCUGUCUUUGUUUUUCCUUCCUUCUUCUCCUCCUUCCUGCCU